UGCAGUCUUUAUUAUUUCGUCCAGAGUUGUGCCCCUGCCAGUGCCCCAUUCCUUCUUGUCACACUCAUCGAGGGCGUGCUGGGCAGCACAGCCCGAAUGUUGGCAAAACUAUGCAAGGCUUUGUACUGUGAGAAUUUCUCUGCUCGGGCUUGGCGGAGGGUGCAUGGAUGUGCUUUUUCAAUUAUCUAAAAUAAUUCCUGUAGACAAUUGACGUGCACACACACGUGGCCUGCAGCUAUUUUUUUAAUAAUUUUUGAAUUAUUCUUCUGUUCACAUCGCACGCGCCGAUCACCAUUGCAUUCCGCUGAGGCUUGACGUGAUCCUGGCAGCUGGUUGUGCGACACGAACGACUGUAGUGGCGUGUGGUCGGCGUCGAGCCCAAGGUUUAUGUGGCUGAACUGGUGUAGAAUUUAAUUGGAAAUAGUUGCUCUACAUCGUGAGGUGCACCAGCUCUCUGGAACAGCUGAAUAAAACAUAGUCACUUCAGGAAAGAAUUUGUUUGCGCUCCACAGAGCAGGCAGUUUCCAAACCUCUGGAGCCCUUCUGCACCUAGCCCUAGUACUUCCUGAUGUUCCCGAUGUACAGGAGGAUGCUGCGCGUGGUACGUACGCAGGUCUGCUUCUGCCGGAGCAGCCUGACGCAGGUGCUGUGCGUGAGCGUGUUUGGCACUAUGCUGCUGAUCGGCCUGGUGAUGAUGUACCGCACGCCGCCGCACGCCAAAACGGCGGCCACCAUCGAGGACUUCAUGAAACUGGUGGUGACGACGGCUAGACCCGAGCCGCUAGCACAGGCAGCAGCGCACGAGGCAGCACAUGUAGCCCCCGCCGAAGCGGAAGAAACGCAGACGCCGGAGCGGCCCAUUCGAGUAAGCUCGGAGCCGGCGCUGACGUUCUCCGACGACGGCGAGCAGUUCCUUCUCGCCGGCAAGCCAUUCCGCAUUCUCAGCGGCGAGCUGCACUACUUCCGCGUGGUGCCCGAGUACUGGCGCGAUCGCCUGGAGCGCCUGAAGGCCGGCGGACUGAACACGGUGAGCACGUACGUGGCGUGGAACCUGCACGAGCCGCACCCGGAGCGGUUUGACUUCACGCGCGACACGCGCACCGACCUGGUGCGCUUCAUCCGCACGGCGCACGAGCUGGGGCUGUACGUGAUGCUGCGGCCGGGCCCGUACAUCUGCGCCGAGUGGGAGUUUGGCGGCCUGCCGGGAUGGCUGCUGCGAACCAACGCCGGGCAGCUGCGCACGAACGGCGCCUGGUACAUGCGCGCCGUCAAGCGCUACCUGGCCGCGCUCUACAAGCAGGUGUACGCGCUGCAGCACAGCUACGGCGGGCCGAUCAUAGCUGUUCAACUGGAGAACGAGUACGGCACGUUUGGAAACAGCCGCUCAUACCUGGAGGCACUGAAGGAUGCGGCAGUGCAAGGUGGCAUAGUGGAGCUACUGUACAAGUGCGACGAUCACAACGGCCUGCCCAAGGGUCUGGAGCAGCUGCCCGGCGUUCUGCAGACCGUCAACGGCAACGAUCGCGUGCGCUGGCACAUCACGCAGCUGCGCAAGAACCAGCAGAAGAAGUCGCCGAUCUUCGUCGCCGAGCUCUGGACCGGCUGGUUCACGCUCUUCUCCGGCGACUUCAGCACCAAGCACCAGAACGAGAUUGUGGGCGCCACCAAGCAGUGGCUCAAGGCGGGCGCGUCCAUUAACUACUACAUGUGGCACGGCGGCAGCGACUUCUAUCACAACGGCGCCAUCAACGGGCCGUACCGCGUGAUGACGUCGUCGUACGACUAUGACGCGCCCGUCUCGGAGAACGGCACCCUGACGCCGAAGUUCUACGCGCUGCGCGACGCACUCAAGAGCGUGCUGGGCGAGCAGCAGGUCAAGUUUGGUCGCAUUCCGGACGACAUCCCCGUCAAGGCGUACGGCACUGUGCCCAUGACGUCGUUCAUGCCGCUGUCGCAGCUGGUGCAGGUGGCGUCCGCGCCCAUCGAGAUGGAGCAGGUGUGCAGCAUGGAGGAGCUGCCGGUGAACGAUAACACGGGCCAGGUGAUGGGCUUCACUCUCUAUCGGCAUGUCAUGCGCGAGCGCCCGCUCACCAACCAGGUGGUGAGCAUCAGCGGAUUAGCAGACUUUGGCGUGGUGAUGCUCGACGGCAAGGUGCUCGGGCAGGUCAAUCAGCAGUACGACUCCGGCUCCGCUUCCUUCACGCUGUCCGUGUCGCAGAUGAGCAGCAAGCCGACGCUGGAGAUCCUAGUCGGCUCCACGGGCCGUAACAACUAUCUCCCCGAUGGCACGGAGAAGAAGGGCCUGCUGUGGCCCAUCUACCUGAACUCCGAGCGUAUCUCCGACUGGACUGUGUUCCCGAUGGAGUUUGACGCGCCGUUCAUACACCGCGUGCUCAGCAGAGAGUCUGCGUUUACCGCCGUGGCAGAUUCCAAAGUGGCUGCCAGUCCUGCCGUCCUGCGCGGCAUGCUGACCAUCACGGAGCCGCCGUGCGACACGUUCGUUCGUAUGACCGGCUUCGGACGCGGACUGCUGAUCGUCAACGGCCUGGUGCUGGGCCGCUACUGGGACGCGGGACCGCAGCGCACGCUCUACCUGCCCGCCCCGAUGCUGCGCGAGGGAGAGAACACGUUCCUGAUCAUGGAGCUGAUGGACACGCCGGCUGUGCCGCGCAUCGAACUCGUGCAGAAAGCCGAUCUGGGUCGCUUCGGAGUCUAAUAAUCAUAAAACUAGCUGAUGUUAAUUAUUAGCAGUCAGCUGUGUGUCGUCCGUAGAGACUACCUCCGUAGCUCUUGACCCCGGUGACGGUAGUCAUGUGCCGGUGUUGUUGCAGCAUCGCAGCCACCACCGCCGCUGCCGCCAACGCCGUUUCUUUGGCAUGACGGCCCGCUUGAAUCAUUGAGUAGCAGAGUACAGGGUUGCUACGUGGUUUGUCGUCGAUGCCGUGCGCGUCGUUUUGCUUGCUCAGUACGCGAGAAACAGCGUUUGUGCCCGCCCUUGAUACCGCAGCUGCUGCUGUCGCUGUUGCAGCUGUCAGCUGGGUCGCGGUGAGAAAGCGUGUGCACGCGUGUGUGUGUGUGUGUGUGUGUGUGUGUGUGUGUGUGUGUGUGUGUGUGUGUGCAGUGUGGCAUGCGCCGUCCAACCCGUUGUGAACUGCAACGUGGGUAGCGAGUGUUGCUGAACGGGUGCGUGAUGCUGAUGGUGGUGGUACCGAGACGGAUGCAUGUCGCAAUGCUUAACCCCGCUCGCUCACGAACAGACGGGCCCCCGCGUAUUUCACACGCACUGCACUGCACGCACUAUCUCUAGACACAGCCCACUAUGGUCUGACAAAAGAUUUCUCACUACUGGACCGUUUGUCCGUGCCCCCCCCCCCCCCUCCCCUCCUGGACCAGUUUGCCGAGGGUAUUCUUGUUGUGACUUUACUUGCCAUGAAUACAUUGGAUUGGCCUUACUACAUCAGCUAGAACUAUGGUUUACUUACUCACUGUACCAUGAGUGGACGCACAGGCAUGUGUACAACAUACAUGCAGCGAGGAAAAUGCUGUGCUACUCUAGACUGCAUUGCUGAACGGAGCUGCUCCGACUUCCGGAACUUUUUAACGAAAUAUCCUGCAUGUGCCUGCACGUGUGUGCCUGCACUACCAUGCUAUGCAUAUCGCAUACGCACGCACACACACACACACACACACACACACACACACACACACACACACACACACACACACUGUCGCCUGAUGAUUGCGAGAGCACGAAGCUUGAAGUAGCAGCAAACAAGCCUUGAUUGUCCUUGUUGUUCUGUAUCACACACACACACACGCGCGUAUAUUUGAAUAUUUCUACCGUGUGUCCACACAGUACUAAUACAUCCAAAUCUCACCGAGUGUUAUUGUCACAAGUACUAGUUUAAAAACUUUUCUAAUUGUCCGCAAACUCCAACGCAGCCACUUCCACAUUUUCAAAACUUCACUUCUCAGCUCCAGGGUCAUGACCCUGAUGAUGGGCCAAGCCCGAAAAUUUGGUGUAAUGUUUAUUUUAAUUUUGGUUUGAAUCGCAUUGAAGAGAUCGUUUUUGGAGUUGAGAAGUGAAGUUUAACAGUACUACUACUAGUGGUAUUACCGUAUGUCAGCGCCUUUAAAGCCAUGGCCUUAUAUUCGAAACACCGCUGCUUUCCUAGAUGUUUUAUGUGCAAAAUGACUCACCCACUACGCCAUGCCUUUUAAAAGUCAACGUCCACACAGAAAUUUCAAUCUA